UACCGUAACUGUCAGCAGAACUGUUUUUAGAACUGUUAUCAGAACUGUUAUUAGAAUUGUUAUCAAAACUGUUACCGUAACUUUUAUCAGAACUGUUAUCAGAUCUGUUGUUCGAACUUUUAUCAGCACUGUUAUUAGAACUUUUAUCAAUGGUGCUCUUUCGAACCCUCUUUCGAACCCUCAAGUGCCAUUCUGCGGUGUUCCUCAAGGAUCUGUUUUGGGACCGUUAUGUUUCACUCUCGUCACAUCCCCCCUCGAAGACAUCAUCAAUAGAAUGUUGUACUCCCUUGUAAAAGUCACCUUUAUAGUAAAUUCGGGCGUGCAGCCAUCCGGAACGGUUGCAUAAUGGCGACCUCUCGUCAGUCAGCGGCCUUUGUUAACCAAACUGCAUCACACACUAUACCACUUGCAAGGCACCAGUCAUGCCCGACUUCCAGUAGCAAGCUUAGGUCCGGCCCUGAGUCAAGUUGAGCCGGCACACAUACAGUGGGUUUCACGCUCUUCUUGAUUGCAGAAUAAGUUCAAUAGAGUUUACCUCUUUGCUGAACAUUGCUGGCACCCACAUCCCAGAAACAGUCAACAAUGGCAACAUUCGGUCAAGACUUGAAGAAGCAACAUUUCUGUAUUGAUGAAAAUAUCGCUCAGUGUAAUAAUGGGUCCUUUGGAGCGGUGCCACGCCCAGUGCUUGAGAAACAACAGAGGUUGAUUGAGAAGCGUGAGAGAAAUCCUGAACUGUGGUACAGAAAUCAAUACGAUCCAGGUAACUUUCCAAAUGAGGACGCGCAUAACAUCAAUAUGUAUGCUGAUGGAGUUCAUGCAGUGGCUGCCUUUGUAGGUUCCAAACCACAAGACUUGGUUCUGGUUGAAAAUGCAACAACAGGUACCAAUGCUGUAUUGAAGAGCCUGUCUUUUCAACGAGGGGACAAGAUAUUGAUUACAAGUCACACAUACAGAGCUGUAACUAAAACUGUACAGUUUGUUUCCCAACAAUUAGCUUUAGAAACCGUCGUAAUAGAGAUUCCGAUCCCUAUUAACAGUGAGGAUGACAUCAUCAAGUUGUACUCUGAGGUCUUAAAUGACGAUAAAGAUAUCAAACUUGCAAUCGUCGACCACAUCACCAGUGCUAGUGCAAUCUUAAUGCCAGUUAAGCGUAUUGCAGAACUGUGUCAUAUGAAUGGAGUUAUGGUGCUUGUAGAUGGUGCACAUGCACCGGGACAAAUACCUCUUAAUAUCGAAGAUUUAGGCGUGGACUUCUAUUGUGGAAAUCUACACAAGUGGUUAUUUACUCCUCGAGGGUGUGCCUUCUUAUGGGUCCAGCCAGAUUACAAGAAUGUUAUUAGCCCAGUCACAACAUCACAUUAUCAGAAUGAACCAACCUUAAUGAAACGAUUCUGCUUCGUAGGCACACGGGAUUGUUUGCCUUACUAUUUGGCAGAAACAUCAAUCAAGUUCUACAAUGACCUUGGUGGAAUGGAGGAAAUAGUUGCAUACAACUCAACACUAGCGAGCUGGGCAGCAGACAUGAUUUCCAAAGCUUUGAAUACUGAAAAGCUUCAAAUACCCGUUGGAAUGAGAGCUCCAUGCAUGGCGUUGGUUGCCAUUCCAGAGACGAGUCUCUAUACUGCAUCUGCUGAGACUUGCUCCAGGUUAAUGAGUGAUUUAUACAAGCAAAGCCAGGUGUUUGUAGCAUUCUCUUAUUUCAAACAAAGGCUUUGGUGCAGAAUUUCAAGUCAAGUGUACAACUGUAAAGAAGAUUACAUUAGACUGAGGGAUGCUCUACUGGAAGUUUUACAACUUUAAGUUGGUAUGAUGACAUUGCUCUACACUCCAAACAUUAAAGACUUGAAUCCAACAGUUGCGAGAGAUCGGUGAGUGACAACACUUUGAAAGUGUUGAACCCAGCAUUUUAUAUGUUAAAUCCAGCAUUUUAAAGUAUCCAGUCAACAAUUUAAGUGCCAGUUUAGCGUUUAAAAAGGUGAUUCAACAAUUCCAAGUUUUUUUGUGAGAAAUGUUGAAUCAACACUUAGCUUGUUGAUUUAACCCGUUUGCGUUGGAUCAAAUAAAAUAAAAAACGCUGGAUCCAACACUUUCAAAGUGUAGUCAAUCACCGAGAUAUUCGAAGUGCUGGAUUCAGCUCUUUAGUUUUAAAAGGACAUGUAUCAUCGCAAAGGUCGUGGGUUCGAAUCCCACUCGAGUAAUAUGCCUUUGAUUCCGUUCACAGAACUCGGUAAA